CCUGCAAAGAAAAAACUUGAAGGCAAAGCUAAAGCCGGGAGUAUACCGGGGGAUACAGGAUCUGUGGCAACCGCGACUAUGGUUCGGCGCCAAAUGCCGCCGCGCGCCUGCAAGAGCAAGAGCCAGAGCGCCGCCAGGCCCAGUCUUAGUCCCAGCCGCCUGGCCAAGAAGCCCAGCCUGACGCCGACCACCGGUUCUCAGGCGCCAUCGCAGACCAUCGCAAAGUCGAGGCCCACCGGUCUCGAGACGAUUUUUGAACGGCCCGGCAAUGAGGACGACGGGCCCACCAGCAGCCAUGCCGUGGCAUUCGGCGAGUGCCAGCGCCGCGUCCUCGCCCUGGGUACGGGCGAAAAAAAAAGAACCCUGUCGCAGAAGAGCUGCCUGAAGGUGCGCAACACCUUGGGCGAACGCAGCACCCGGCACAUGAUGACACUGCGGGCGUCCCGCACUACUUUGGACAGCGUAAUGCUCGGGGGCUCGGGCGAUGAAGGCGAGUCGGUCGGAGUCGCUCCCGUAGCUGCUCCCGAAGUCGUUCCCGCUGGAGGAAAUGCCGGUACAAAUCAGCCGGCACCAUUCGUGCUGCGCACCAGCAGGAGGCUCAAGAGUCUGCCUCCGUUUUAG